GGGUGUGAACACUUUCUCUCCAGAGGGGAGGUUGUUCCAAGUGGAAUAUGCCAUUGAGGCCAUCAAGCUUGGAUCCACAGCCAUUGGGAUCCAGACCUCAGAAGGUGUCUGCUUGGCUGUGGAGAAGAGGAUCACCUCUCCCCUCAUGGAGCCCAGCAGCAUUGAGAAGAUCGUGGAGAUUGAUUCCCACAUAGGCUGUGCCAUGAGUGGCUUAAUAGCUGAUGCAAAGACUUUAAUUGAUAAAGCAAGAGUGGAGACUCAGAAUCACUGGUUCACCUACAAUGAGACCAUGACCGUGGAGAGUGUGACCCAGGCUGUGUCCAACCUGGCCCUGCAGUUUGGGGAGGAGGAUGCUGACCCAGGAGCCAUGUCUCGUCCGUUCGGAGUCGCGUUGCUGUUUGGAGGAGUCGAUGAGAAAGGACCUCAGCUGUUCCACAUGGAUCCAUCAGGGACCUUUGUUCAGUGCGACGCCAGGGCCAUCGGUUCCGCCUCGGAGGGUGCCCAGAGCUCCCUGCAGGAGGUUUAUCAUAAGUCGAUGACACUGAAAGAAGCCAUCAAAUCCUCCCUGGUCAUCCUGAAGCAAGUGAUGGAGGAGAAACUGAAUGCAACCAACAUUGAGUUGGCCACGGUGGAACCUGGGCUGAAAUUCCACAUGUACACGAAGGAGGAGCUUGAGGAGGUCAUCAAGGAUAUUUGAGGAGGAGAAAAACCCCCUCGAAGGCUCCUUUUCCCCCCCAAUCAAAGUGAACUUGACUCCCAGUUCCUUCCAGUACCCGUGAUUUUCUUUCCCAGCAGCAUCUAAUUGCUCUUAGAAGGCUCUGGAGGUGGUUUUGUUUGGUUUUUUUUACAGUUCCUGUACAUAACUGAUCUCUCCAACCAGAGGAAAUGAGAAUAAAUCAUUUUGCUACUCUA